AUGAACCAUAUGGAGAAACAGAAUCAUACUGCAGUGAGUGAGGUGACUGAAUUUAUUCUCAUGGGGAUCACCAACAACCCUGGGCUGCAAGCACCUUUCUUUGGAAUCUUCCUCCUCAUAUACUUGGUUACAGUGAUAGGCAAUCUGGGCAUAGUUAUCUUGACCCAUUUGGACUCCAAGCUACAUACUCCCAUGUACUUUUUUCUUAGACAUUUGUCAAUUACUGAUCUUGGUUAUUCCACUGUCAUUGGCCCAAAGAUGAUGGUAAACUUUGUGGUGCCCAAAAAUACAAUUUCCUACAAUUGGUGUGCCACCCAGCUGGCAGUUUUUGAGAUUUUUAUUAUCACUGAACUGUUUAUUCUUUCAGCAAUGGCCUAUGAUCGCUAUGUAGCCAUCUGUAAACCUCUCCUCUAUGUUGUCAUCAUGGCAGAGAAGGUGUGUUGGGUGCUGGUCCUUGCACCUUAUCUCUACAGCACAUUUGUGUCACUCUUUCUCACAAUUAAGUUAUUUAAAUUGUCCUUCUGUGGCUCUAACAUUAUCAAUUACUUUUACUGUGACUGCCUUCCUCUCAUAUCCAUGCUUUGUUCUGACACGCAUGAAUUAGAAUUGAUCAUUUUAAUUUUUGCAGGCUGUAAUUUGCUCUCUUCCCUCUUGAUUGUUUUUAUAUCCUACCUGUUCAUUCUUGUGGUCAUCAGGAUGAACUCAACCGAGGGGAGAUACAAAGUCUUCUCCACCUGUAGCUCCCAUCUGACAGUGGUGGUUGUGUUCUAUGGGACGUUACUGUUUAUUUACCUGCAACCCAAAUCUAGCCAUACUUUUGAUAUUGAUAAAAUGGCCUCUGUGUUUUACACCCUGGUGAUCCCUAUGCUGAAUCCAUUGAUCUACAGCUUAAGGAACAAAGAAGUAAAAGAUGCUCUGAAGAGAACUUUAACCAUUGGAUGCAAAAAUUCCACUUAA